CUUGACUUUUGGACAACUCAAAUCAACGGAAUGUCUCAUCAGCUGUACAACGCGCUGAUUCGAACACAUCACAUCACUUCACGCAAGAAAGUCGCCAAACUCAAAGCGGCAGCGUCGAGUUGCAAUGUUUACGCUUUGUUGCGUAGUGGCGGAUGCCCUGGUAUUAUGUACUGUCAAGGCGUAGAGACUGGCGUGAGAGACUGGGUUGUGAAUGUCCAAAGAUUGCGCUAUAAAGAUUUCCAACUAGUCAAGAAGCCUACUGAGAAAGAACCUGGCGGAAAGGAACCAAAGAGUGGCAUCACGUACGGGAAGCUAGAGGAGGUGGACACUGUAAAAGGUUUUGGAGCAAAGAUGGAAAGCCUAGGUGUCUGGGAGUGGUGGAGGAAAGGUAUGGGCUAUGUGGGAAACGACUAAUUUCACUUUUGUCAUUCAAGGCGUAUGUGUGACGUGCUGCUCAUCAAUGCCUUGUUGUACUUGUUUCUAGCAAAGAAAACGGACACUACUAUACGCAUCUAAAUAUCUGACCAUCA